AUGGACUUUGUUUACGUGUACACACCCAACAUCCGUGGAUAUAGCAAUUGUUUGUCAGGGAAAAUUGACCAAAGAGCAACUCUGCUCUGUCCAUUGAAGAAAGACCACAUUCUUCACCUGACUAUUUGCGAUGUUAUCACCGUAUGUAAUAUCACCACGUAUUUUAUCAAAGAAUCUGGCAUUGUUGAUGGGCGCAAAUGA